ACACGGCGCAGCGUGGCGUCUCAGGCGCUGGACUGCUAGCUAUGGCCGAUGACCGCUCUUUGCGCAGCUUCCGCAAUCCGCUCGCACACGCGAAAGAAGAUCCACCUCGAGCGAAGGCGUCCUCCGCUAUGCCAAAGAAAGGUACGAACCGCCUCCGAAUGUCUCCAGUCCAUGUACGUGGAGUAAAUGAAUGCGAAUAACGCUCCUGUUUCGCUAUGCCAAUACCGCUUCUAUGUAACAACGAUCUCCUGUUAUGACCCGAGCACCAUUGAGACGCCCCGCAGCGCUCCGUUUUUCGCUGGUUGUCGGUCAAAGAGCACGCGCAUAAACCACUUCUAUUUUUGCGUGGAUGCUGAUGUUUCUCCAACCGCCUUCGAGCGCGGCUUUACUGCGUCAUGGUCGUGCAGAGCACGAACCAUCGCAACAACGCUCUUCAUGCAUCGUUUAUACUCUCUGACCCUUUCAAGCAGCCGCCACUAAUAAAAUAACUCUACCAACAUCCUCCGCUCCGGGAAACGCUUACUCCGUGUUCGGAGGGGUUGUCCAAGCGUAAAUACACACGUGCGAGUCAUGUAAAAGCUCUGAA